UGUCCAGCGUAAAUCAAUACAAUUAUUUGUUCGUGUUUUGUUGUGGUUAUUGCAAUUUAUUAAUUUCAAGACUGUAUUGAACAAAAAUUAAGAAAUGGCUGGAAUGUCAGCUGCUAAUGCAGCUCCCAUUACAGCUACCGACAGUUUGUCACAAGCGCUAAAGGCUAAUAUAAUUCCCAAUCAAGAAUAUUUACUACAGGGCUCAGUGCUGGAUUCGGCUGUAGAAGUAUUACUUCAUCGUCUUCGAGGAUUGUGUGAUAAUGUUGACGCUGGUCCGGAAACAUUUGAUGAUCAGGAAGUCUGUUUUAGCUUGCGCGACCCUAACCAACAGGCUGCACCAUUAAUGUUGCGAGUAAGAAAGGCCCUGGAUUACAGAGACAUGCCAUUCCAACUCCGCUACAUUGGACAACCGGAUCUGGGAGACAAAAACAGGCCGACAGUGGUCCGAUCAAGCCUGGAUAUAGCUUGCAGUGGAAUGCUAAUAGAUUUCCUCAAUGAACUAGGAUGCAGAAUUGAAUUUGAAUAUAGUGUUAAAGGUUACAUGUUCAGGAAAGGUCGCAUGAAGAUAACAGUUGCAAAGGUUUUCAAGAUAUCCCAAGGGUCAAUGCCCCCGGAGCCUAUAUCUCAAAGUUAUCUGGUUGAAUUAUCAGUGCUUGCGCCACAAGGGCAAGACGCGAUAGCAGAGGACAUGCGCGCAUUCGCAGACCAACUGCGACCCCUCGUCCAACUUGACAAGAUCGACUACAAGAGGCUCGGUCACAUGGGCGUCACAUAGCCCAUGUUCCUCACAUAGACUGGCCUCACACCGACCGACGCGGUCUACGCUACCUCAUCGUGGACCCAAUAGGUUGGUGUGAAGACAGCCUUUGUAGUGCAAUAGCACAUUUAAAUACUGGAAGAACUGGACUUUAAUUUAUUAAGCAUUGUUAUAUCAAUACCGUGAACAGUAAUAGUUAAAGUGCUGCAUAGUUUGGCUAACUUGACUUGGUGUGUAGGUAAACUUCGAUCUUUGAUCAUUUUUUACAGUAGUAUCUCAGAAGUGAAUAGCUAACUAGUGGCUUAAACUAAAUGUUUUAAUUAGGGAACUUAAUUUCGUAGACACAAUUUUGCUAAAUCAAAUAAAAUUUGUAUUUUUAAGUUCUGUGUUCAUCAAGGUGAUUUAAAUUUGUUCAAAGUCCUUUAAAACUUUACCCAGUUCUGUUGAUUAAAUACAUUAUUUUUUAACAAUUUUCACUAGGAACUAUUGUUUCAUUCUCCUUAUGAGUUAACUGCAUGUCAAUGUCUUCACUUCAAACAAUCUAUACAAUUAGGCACUUAUUUAAAUAUUUGAUAACAAUGAAUAGCUGGUGGUUCGCAUCGGCUACUAAUUGUACCACUUAUAUUCCGAGCGAUAAUUAUAUUUACAUGUUUUAUCUGUUUCCUAAACAAUAGUAAUAUGAAAUAAUCAUAACGACUUACUAACAUGGAUAUUCAAUAUACAAUAGUUAAUAUAUUUAAAUAGAUAUACUUGCGCAUAUGUUCCACACAAAAUAAUGAUAAGUAUAAUAAUGGGUUCAGU